AUGUCGGUGAUUGGAAUUACUUUUGGAAAUACUACUUCCUCAAUUGCGGUAGCUGCUGAUGGAAAAGUUGACGUUAUUGCAAACCCAGAUGGUGAUCGUGCAAUCCCAUCGGCAUUAUCUUAUGUUGGAUCUGAUGAAUACCACGGUUCUCAAGCUUUAUCAAGAUUGAUUAGAAACCCAGAAAAUACCAUCGUCAACUUUAGGGAUUUUGUUGGUAAAAAGUUUUCUGAUAUCAAUGAUGAGUUUUCAUAUGGUGCUAAACCAAAGGACGUUAAUGGGGAAGUUGGAUACGAAAUUACUAUAGACGGAAGACCUCAAACAUUAACCAUCAAUGAAGUAACAAAAAGACACUUCAAGCAAUUGAAAUCUGCCGCCGAAGAUUUUAUUGGAAAAGAAGUCGAAAGCGUUGUCUUGACCGUCCCCACUGAUUUCAGUGAACAUCAGAGAGAAGAGCUUACCAAGAUUGUUGAAAGCUCGGGCCUCAAAGUCUUGCAAUUGAUCAAUGAGCCAUCUGCUGCAUUGUUGGAUCAUUUAUCACCUGAGGACAAAUUGAGCGAGGAUAAACUUUACGUUGUUGCCGAUUUUGGUGGUACUAGAUCUGAUGGAGCAGUUAUCUCUGUGAGAGGCGGUGUUUUAACUAUUCUUGCAACUGCCCACGAGCACGGUCUAGGUGGAGAUAAAUUAGACACCGCUUUGUCAGAGUUUUUUGCUAAAGAGUUUGAGAAAAAGACUAAAGUUAACCCAAGAAAUAAUGCAAGAUCAAUUGCUAAAUUGAAAGCAGAGUCAAUUGUUGUUAAAAAGACUUUAUCAAAUGUGCAAACUUCUACCUGUUCGAUAGAAUCAUUAGCUGAUGGUUUUGAUUUCCACACAAGUAUUAAUAGAUUGAGAUAUGAAUUGACAGCCAGAGAUGUACUUUCAAAAAUGACUGCAUUCGUCGAAAAAGUCAUCAAGAAUGCUGGAUUGGAAGCUUUAGACAUUGACGAGGUUCUUUUGGUUGGUGGAACUGCCCACACACCUAAAUUGGCUUCCAACAUUUCUUACCUUUUCCCACAAUCCACUAAAGUCAUUGCUCCAUCUUUGGAUCCAAAAGCGUUGAACCCAUCAGAGUUAGUUGCUCGUGGAGCCGCCUUACAAGCCUCAUUAAUCGAGACUUUCGAUGAGUCAGAAAUUGCCGAAUCGUUGCAACCAAUCGUUGUAAACACUCAACAUUUAUCCAAGCCAAUUGGUAUCAAAGAUUUUGAAGGAAAUUUUGUACCAAUCUUGGUUGCUGAGACUGCUUACCCAAUCAAAAAAUCGAUUGAAGUCACCAAUGGAGAUUCGGCAUCAGUCAAAGUCGAAUUGUAUGAAGGCCAAAGAACCGUUAAAGAGACUGUUAUUGAAGCAGAAAAAGAUGAAGACGAUUCGGAAGAGGAGUCAGAUGAAGAACCAGAAAUUGAAAGGGAAGUGGUUUACAAGGUGGGUGACUUAUUGGCAGAGUUUUCAUUGAAGGACUUGAAACCAAACUCAAAGUUGGAGGUCACUGUGAACAUCACCCAAAACGGUGUUUUGCACGUUUCUGGAAGAGAGUUGAAACAAGGCGCAGUUGCUGUUAAAGGAGAAGUUUCAGCUCAAUAA